GGUCACUCAAACCAGGAAAUGCUUACAGAAAUUGCACCCUCUGCUCUCCUAUAACAAGCUUUACAAAGGGGAAAAAAAAACAGAAGUAAGGAAGACCUUCCUCUCUGCCUGGAGGUUUCAGCAGUCAUCACGCAUCACCAACUACAAAAAAAAAAAAAAAUACACCCACCCACUCACUACCAUCCACUGAAGUGAAUGUCAUUCUGUCUCAGCACAGUCUGUGCAGUUUCUGCUGGUAGUAGAACUGCCUAUGUGUACAUAUAGGGGACCAAUUCUUCGCUACACAUUAUCCACGGAGUCUGAGGCAGCAUGGACACAUUUUGUGGAACCGGUGGGAAUCUGGGCUCAAAGUUCUGGGAUUCCAACCUCACAUUAUACACAGACAACCCGGAUUUAACCCCAUGCUUUCAAAAUACAGUUGUUGCCUGGAUUCCCUGUAUCUAUCUUUGGGUCAUGCUGCCAUUUUAUAUUAUUUAUUUAAAAUAUAAUAAGAAAGGAUACAUUGUGCUGUCUAAGUUAAGCAAGGCCAAAUCGCUGUUUGGUGUAUUGCUCUGGUGCGUGUGUUGGGCAGACCUAUUUUACUCUUUCCAUAAACUCGUUCAGAAUGAUCCACCUCCUCCAGUGUACUUCGUCACACCUCUUAUAGUUGGAAUAACAAUGAUUAUGGCGACAAUACUUAUUCAGUAUGAGAGACUGAAGGGUGUACAGUCUUCAGGUGUCCUAAUCGUUUUCUGGUUCUUAGCAACACUUUGCGCAAUAAUUCCUUUCCGCUCCAAGGUCAUGUCAUCUGUAAAUAAGGUUGUUACAGAUAGAUUCAGGUUCACUACAUUUUUUAUUUAUUUCUCUCUACUCGUUGUGGAACUUAUUUUAUCCUGUUUCAAAGAGGCUCGUCCAUUCUUCUCUCUCGUCAGCACCGACCAUAAUCCCUGCCCAGAAUCAGAUGCUGGUUUUCUUUCAAGAGUAACAUUUUGGUGGUUUACCAAAUUGGCUAUAUUAGGCUACAAAAGACCUCUUGAAGAUAAAGACCUUUGGUCGCUGAAUGAAGAGGAUACAUCUAAAUUGGUUGUGUCUAAACUUAUGAAAGAGUGGGAAAAAGAGAAAAGCAAGUUAAGGAGCAGGGAAGUACAAUAUAUUAAGACUCAAGAAGCAGAACUUAAUCAUGUUGAUGAAAAGACAACCGAGACAGAUGUCCUGAUUGUGAAUAACAAAAAGAAGACAGAGCCGUCCUUCCUAAAGAUUUUGAUCAAGAGUUUUGGACCAUACUUCUUAAUUGGGUCAAUUUACAAGCUCUUUCAGGAUCUUCUGUCUUUUGUGAAUCCUCAGUUACUAAGCGUUUUGAUAAUGUUCGUCAAAGACAGCAAUGCACCAUCUUGGUGGGGGUUCAUCAUUGCAGUAUUGAUGUUCAUUUCAUCUGUAGCACAAACAUUUAUCCUUCAUCAGCACUUCCAGUACUGCUUUGUGACCGGGAUGAGACUAAGGAGUGCUAUCACUGGCAUAAUAUACAGAAAGUCUUUGGUGAUUACCAAUGCAGCGAAGCGUUCAUCCACAGUUGGGGAAGUGGUCAACCUGAUGUCAGUAGACGCUCAACGGUUCCAAGACUUGACCACCUUUCUAAAUAUGUUAUGGUCGGCUCCCCUGCAGAUUUGUCUGGCACUUUAUUUUCUCUGGCAGACUCUGGGACCGUCUGUACUAGCUGGAGUUGCUGUGAUGGUUCUGCUGAUCCCAAUUAAUGCCUUUAUUGCAAUGAAGACCAGGGCUUUUCAAGUUGAGCAAAUGCAAUACAAGGAUUCUAGAAUUAAACUGAUGAAUGAAAUUUUAAAUGGUAUCAAGGUCCUAAAACUGUAUGCUUGGGAGCCAUCAUUUGCCCAGAAAGUCUUGGAAAUACGCAGUAAGGAACUGAAUGUACUUAAAAAAUCAGCGUAUCUUAAUGCAUUAUCUACCUUCGCAUGGACAAGUGCACCAUUCUUGGUGGCGCUGACUACUUUUGCUGUGUAUGUUACUGUUGAUGACCAAAAUGUGCUGGAUGCAGAGAAAGCAUUUGUGUCCCUCUCUCUAUUCAAUAUUCUAAGAUUCCCCCUUAAUAUGCUUCCUCAAGUUAUAAGCAACUUAGCACAGGCCAGUGUUUCCAUUAAAAGAAUCCAGAAUUUCUUGGCUAAUGAUGAGUUAGACCCGAGUGCAGUGAAUAAGGAUAAAACAAUACCUGGCAAUGCCAUCAUAAUACAGAAUGGGACAUUCACUUGGGCACAAAAUAGUGAACCAAUUCUACAAAAUAUCAAUUUGCUGGUUCCCUCUGGAUCUCUGGUUGCCAUCGUUGGACAUGUUGGAUGUGGAAAGUCAUCUUUGGUGUCAGCUCUUCUUGGGGAAAUGGAGAAACUGGAAGGGGAGGUCUCAGUGCGGGGCUCCGUUGCAUAUGUGUCGCAACAGGCUUGGAUACAGAAUUCAACUCUCAAGGAUAAUAUCUUGUUUGGUAAGACAGGAAAUGAGAAAAACUACCAAAAAGUUUUGGAAGCCUGUGCUUUACUGACCGACCUAGAGGUGCUACCUGGGGGAGACCAAACAGAAAUUGGGGAAAAGGGCAUCAAUCUCUCGGGGGGUCAGAAGCAAAGAGUAAGCCUUGCCCGUGCAGUGUAUAGUAACUCCGAUGUCUACCUACUGGACGAUCCUCUCUCCGCUGUGGACGCUCAUGUUGCCAAACACAUUUUUGACAAUGUAAUUGGCCCUGAUGGCUUGCUUAGAGGGAAAACACGGCUCUUGGUCACACAUGGUAUCAGUUUCUUGCCCCAAGUCGAUCAUAUUGUUGUUUUUGUGGACGGCAAGGUGUCAGAAAUGGGCUCUUACCAGGAACUUUUAAAGCAAAAUGGAGCUUUUGCUGAAUUUCUACGGAACUAUGCGUUUGAUGAUAAUGUGGAAGAGGAAGAAUUGACAAUACUAGAUGAGGAAGAAAUUUUAUUGGCAGAGGAGACACUGAGUAACCACACAGAUCUAGUUGACAAUGAGCCCAUAGCUAAUGAGGCCCGCAAAAAGUUUAUUAGGCAAAUUAGUGUUCUCUCUUCAGAUACUGAAACAUCUCACGCAAUGUCAACGCGCAGGAAAUUCUGUGACAGGAAGAUGUCAGAUGUGCCUGCCAAGAAGCCUCCAGUGGACAAACUUAUUCAAACUGAAACAACGGAGACAGGCAGGGUAAAAAUGACAGUGUUCUGGCAAUAUAUGAAGGCAGUCGGCAUUGCUGUGUCGUUGUUCAUUUGUUUCCUGUACUGCUGUCAAAACGCUUCAGCCAUUGGGGCCAAUGUUUGGCUCAGCGAUUGGACAAAUGAGGCUAUAAUAAAUGGAACCCAGCAGAACACAGACAAGCGGCUUGGAGUUUAUGCAGCACUGGGAUUAUUGCAAGGUGUCUUAGUAAUGGCAUCUUCAUUUACGCUAGCGAUGGCUGGAAUUGGUGCUGCCCGCAAGUUGCACUUAGCGCUCCUUGACAAUAAGAUGCACACACCACAGUCGUUCUAUGACACCACUCCUAUUGGCCGUAUAAUCAAUCGGUUUUCCAAAGACAUUUACGUGAUUGAUGAAGUAAUACCACCUACCAUCCUUAUGUUCCUGGCUACCUUUUUCACAUCCAUCUCAACCAUGAUUGUUAUAGUAUCUAGUACGCCGCUGUUUGCCGUGGUUAUUAUACCUCUAGCCUUUAUCUACGUAUUUGUACAGAGGUUCUAUGUGGCCACAUCCCGGCAAUUAAAGAGGCUGGAAUCGGUCAGCAGGUCUCCUAUAUACUCUCAUUUCUCAGAAACAAUCACUGGUGCCAGCAUCAUCCGAGCAUAUGGAAGGCAAAGCAGCUUUGUUUUACUUAGCGACAGAAAAGUGGAUGAAAAUCAAAAAAGCUAUUAUCCAGGAAUUGUAUCGAACAGGUGGCUUGGUAUCAGGGUUGAGUUUGUUGGAAAUUGUGUCGUCCUUUUUGCUGCUCUUUUUGCUGUGAUUGGCCGAGAGAGUCUUAGUCCUGGACUUGUGGGUCUCUCUGUUUCUUAUGCAUUACAGGUGACCAUGUCAUUGAAUUGGAUGGUGAGAAUGACCUCUGACCUGGAGACAAACAUCGUAGCUGUGGAGCGUGUGAAGGAAUAUUCAGAGACAGAAACUGAGGCUCCAUGGACCAUAGAAGAUAAAAAGCCUCCAGCAGAUUGGCCAGAGGCAGGAGAAGUAGAGAUGUCCAACUACUCUGUCCGGUACAGACCUGGUUUGGAUCUGGUGCUGAAAAAUUUAAGCCUUAAAGUAAAAGGAGGAGAAAAGGUUGGAAUCGUUGGAAGGACGGGAGCUGGAAAAUCGUCAAUGACACUUUGUCUCUUUAGGAUUUUGGAGGCAGCAGAGGGAAUAAUCAAAGUUGAUGGAAUAAAUAUAUCAGAGAUUGGUCUGCAUGACCUCAGGUCUAUGCUCACUAUAAUCCCACAGGACCCAGUACUAUUUUCAGGUACACUAAGAAUGAACCUUGAUCCAUUUGACAAAUAUUCAGAGGAUGAGCUCUGGAAAGCACUUGAGUUAUCAAACUUGAAGAAGUUUGUGUCCAGUCAGCCUACAAAGCUGGACUAUGAAUGUUCAGAGGGUGGAGAAAAUUUAAGCGUUGGUCAGCGACAACUUGUGUGCUUGUCCCGGGCUCUCCUGCGCAAAACUCGCAUCCUCAUUCUGGAUGAAGCUACAGCUGCCAUUGAUUUAGAAACUGAUGAUCUCAUACAAAUGACCAUCAGGACACAAUUUGAGGACUGUACAGUGCUUACCAUUGCACAUCGACUCAACACCAUCAUGGAUUAUACCAGAGUUCUCGUUCUUGACAAAGGACAAAUAGCUGAAUUUGAUACGCCAAGCAAUCUCAUAGCAUCAAGAGGAAUAUUUUACGGAAUGGCAAAGGAUGCCGGUUUAGCUUAAAAAAAUAUAUUAUUAGAUAUUUUUUAUUAUAUUACAGAGUGCCUUAUGUACAACUCCACAAUGUACAGAAAAACUGAAAGUACAGUACGAUUUAUUUUUUUUUGUAACACAUUGUACAUUCCAACUGUAUUCCAAGCUCUAAAUAUUUUAUAUGGCGUAUUUUUUUUAUUUACAGAAAACACUUUUUUAAACUUUUUUUGGUAUUUUGAUCAUUGCAAAUUUGAAAAGCUAUGUCUAUUUAAAUAUGGUACACAAUCCUGUACAUCUACAGAUCCACUUACAAAAGACCAAAUAAAUUAUUUUCACUUUUUUUUA